UAUUCCUCAGUGCUUGUGUGGGGUUCCUGAAAUUGUGCCAGCUGACUCCAGGUCCACCCUGACCCCACAGCAUAAACCAUGCUGUGAUGUCACAGCUACCAUAGAACUCCAGGGUAGUGUGGGGCUGGCCCAUGUGGGCUCAGGGGUUGUAGAAGGUGAUUUAGCUGCCAUAGAAGCAUACAAGUCAUCAGGAGGAGACAUUGCACGCCAGCUCACCGCAGACGAAGUACGCUUGCUGAACCGUCCUUCUGCCUUUGACGUUGGCUAUACUCUUGUACACUUGGCUAUACGUUUUCAGAGGCAGGAUAUGCUAGCAAUAUUGCUUACAGAGGUGUCUCAACAAGCAGCAAAGUGUAUUCCAGCAAUGGUGUGUCCUGAACUGACAGAACAAAUCCGGAGAGAGAUCGCUGCCUCUCUUCAUCAGAGAAAGGGGGAUUUUGCUUGCUAUUUUCUGACUGACCUUGUAACAUUUACGUUGCCAGCAGAUAUUGAAGAUUUGCCUCCAACAGUCCAAGAAAAAUUAUUUGAUGAGGUGCUUGAUAGAGACGUUCAAAAAGAAUUAGAAGAAGAAUCUCCAAUUAUUAACUGGUCCUUGGAAUUGGCUACACGUUUGGACAGUCGACUAUAUGCACUUUGGAAUCGGACUGCAGGAGACUGCCUACUUGAUUCAGUACUACAGGCUACCUGGGGCAUUUAUGACAAGGACUCGGUGCUUCGGAAAGCCCUGCAUGACAGCCUGCAUGACUGUUCACAUUGGUUUUACACACGCUGGAAAGAUUGGGAAUCAUGGUAUUCUCAGAGCUUUGGUUUACAUUUUUCCUUGAGGGAAGAACAGUGGCAAGAAGACUGGGCAUUUAUACUCUCUCUUGCUAGUCAGGUGAGGAUGCUUCAAGUUUUGUUGCUUCUAUGAGAAAAGUAAACCAUGUAGUCUAAAUUGAUUUAUUUGAGCAAACCAUGUUGGAGGCAAUGUGGGUACAAAGAAAAGAAUGCCUUAUCAGUCAACUUGGGUUCUAGUAAUGUAUCAAAUAAAUACCAUAGCAAGUAUAGUUGACCAUAGCAAGCCCUCACUGCAGAACAGGGAGAGUAAUGUGUGUUUUAUGUUGAAUGAUUAAAAACCAUCAGAAGGUCACACACAGUAGAUAGUCUUGGGAUUGCUCUCCAUUCAUGUGGGAAUGAAUUUUUCCAGGUUUGCUAACACCUUUUAAUUAAUGAAAGCUUCUUGUAACAUGCAACUGUGUAGGCUUGUCCCUUAGACUCUUGGUUUCAUGCUUGGUUUUGUGAAGCACUUCAGUAUACCAAACUGUAAAGUACAAAUAUAUAUUUAUAACGAUUCAUUUUCUUUCCAGAAAGCACUAUGAUUCAUUUGAACUUAGAGAAGGAGGUACCUGGUCUUUGGGCCAUUUGGGCAGGAUUCACAGUGGUUGAUUUAUAUGAGACAUGUACCUCACACCAUGGGUUGUAGCUCGAAGAUGGACCC